GGUCAACAUGCCGCAGCUGGUUCUGUCGAGCUCGCCAGCUACUCUGCUAUUCCGCCCCCACGGCACGUUUCUCUUGAAAAGCCACAUAGCGCAUCCUGCUUGCCCUGCCAAGGCUUUCUUCAGAUCACCUACGCACUCCCCCAGCAUUGGAAGAUCUGUGAAGUCCGCACCCGUUCCAGCUCUUCUGGGUGGCAGUAAGUUUUUGGCACGAAUUGCACCACUGCGUGUAUUACAAGGAUCUUCGGCAUCACCAUUGCAGCCAUUCACUGCUCGAAGCAGAGGAACGAUCAGCAUGGCCGCAGUUCCAGAAAAGAUGAAAGCAUGGCAGUACGUGCAAUAUGGUGGUGGGGCUGGUAGCUUGGAGCUAGUGGACAAGCCAGUGCCAAGGCCUGGGCCAGAUGAGAUUCUUCUGAAGAUACACGCAUCUUCCGUGAACCCCGUAGACUGGAAGAUCCAGUCUGGCGCUUUGAAAGCAGUCAUAUGGAUCAAGUUGCCUAUGGUUCCAGGCACCGACUUUGCUGGAACAGUCGCUGCUGUUGGCUCCAAUAUAGCUGGCUUUUCAGUUGGUGACAGGAUCUUGGCCAAGGUCGACGUAUAUCAUCAAGGCGCUUUCGCUGAGUACGGAGUCAUUGACACCAAGACAAUCGCCAGACUGCCACCAGGCGUCUCCUUUGAAGACGCGGCAGGCCUGCCGGUUGCGGCCAUGACCGCACUCCAAGGCCUCAUCAAGGGGGGCCUAUCGUUCCCCAAGGGCACCGGGCGCGUACUGGUCCAAGCAGCGUCGGGAGGAGUGGGACACUAUGCCGUGCAGCUUGCCAAGUACGCGGGCGCCCACGUCACCGCCACCGCCAGCACGGGCAACAUCGACCUCGUCAAGAGCCUGGGCGCCGACGAGGUCCUCGACUACAAGAAGCUGGCCGACCCCGCCAACCCCUUCCAGAGCGCGUCUAAGCAGCCGUAUGACGUCAUCCUGCACUGCACGUCCAAGGAGGAGCCGUGGGAUCACUGGCAGAAGGUGCUCGCCAAGCAUGGGAAGGUGGUCAGCUUUACCCCCGGGGCUAGUUACAUUGCGAGGUCCGCGCUGCAGGCGGCGACCUUCUCGAAGCAGAGGUUGAUCCCCCUGAUCCUGUCGGCGAACUCAAAGGAUCUGCAAACGCUGGUGGAUCUCGUGGGCGAUAAGAAGUUGAAAACGGUGAUCGAUAGUAAGUAUCCGCUGAGUGAGGCGAAGAAGGCCUGGGAGCGGAGCAUCGACGGGCACUCGGUGGGGAAGGUUGUUGUCGUUGCUGAGUAGAGGAAAUAUGACUUCACCGCCCGUAAAGGGCGGUGACUGAAGCAUUUUGCUAGACUAAUAAACCUCCGGCGUUGAGAAAUGCCUUCGAGAUUGUACAUUAGGAGAACUGAAAUGUUGUACAUAGAGCCUUCGCUUGCCGUCUAAUUCAAGUGUCUGGCAUCAAAAGUUUGAACAACUGAGACGUUGUGCUGUAUGUCGAUGACAAUUAUUCUG